AUGACCGACAGGACCAAUUCGGGAGUUCGUAACUCAUUUCGAGCCCGCGCGUGCGACAAUUGCCGACAGAGAAAAAUCAAAUGCGACAAAGCCAUUCCAUGCUCCAGUUGCGGCGCUCUUGGAAUCCCAUGUCGGGCGAAUGGUGUCACUGUGAGCACUCCAGAACAGCCGCAAAGGACUGCCUCUGGACAAUAUGAAAAGAAAAUUGAUGCCCUUCAAGAGCAACUGGCAGCCAUUCAAAACACUCUGCAGCAGAUUACUCAGUCUCAAGCUCCCCCCUCAAUACCUCAUUCCACUCAUCCUGCCGCUGCAGACAUCCCGUCUACUCCGUCCGCACCUCUUUUUGAGGGUCAAUCCUCCUUUAGCAACGAGGUUAUCAUUGCCAGGGAUGCAGCUUUCUCGGCUGUUGCAACAUCGCAGCCGGGAAGAGUGGACGCCCAUGUUUCGGCAGUCUUGUCUUCCCUUAGAAGCAGUCUCGACCGGCAGCAGGGGUCGACCACUGUUAACGAGCCAUUUUCGCAGUCGAAGAUUGAGCUUUUGCCUCAAGAUUUUCUCGUCACUCUGAUUAAAAAAGUCAAAGUGCAACCUCCCUUCUUCCUGGUCAUUCAUUCAUGGAGAGACGUUCGCCAAAUUGAGUCGCUAUGUCAUGCGAUCUAUUUUCCAGUAGAUCCGAUCCCCGCGGGCUCUCUGACGCUUCUGCAUGGCUUGAUGUACUACAUUAUCCGCGAUUAUCUCCAUGAGGACUGCUCGGAUCUUGCGCGCUUUGACCUUGCAGCGUACGCCGGGUUCUGCGAGCGUCACUUCCUGGCCGGGCUGAAAAGCUACGAGAUGAUGUGUGAUCCGACACUCGAGAAAGUCCAGGCUCUGCUCAUCGGGAUCAUCAAAGCUCAAGAAGAGUCUGAUCUACAGCUGUGCUGGACCUACCUCGCCUUGGCCUUCAAUAUGUGUCAAAGCAUGGGUCUCCACCGAAGUGCCGCCUUGAAACAUGAUCCCGUCCCAGUCGCCGAGGCCAAACGCCAUGUCUUCUGGUCGCUCUAUACCAUUGACAAGAAUCUCUCAUUGAACCUUGGGUUAGCUUCUCAUUUCCAGAACCAUGACAUCGAUGCAGAGUUCUUCGCACCUUCGGACAACCCACAGUACCGCCCCUGGGACCUGAUGACUCUCACCACGAUUGACUUUGCCACAUUACAGGGGCGUAUCUACGAUCGACUCUACUCGACAUCGGCGACUCGGGCCACUGAAUCAGAAAGGUUAAAGUCAAUAGAAGAGCUAUCGAAUGACUUGAUGCUGGUUCGCGGUCGACUUCUGGGGAUCGAUGUGAGCCAAGGACUGUAUGCGGAGUCGCUUCACGGGAUGGCUGCCUGCGCGGAUUUCAUCACGCACUCCGUCAUGACCGUAAUCCUUCGGGCGCAGACAGGGGCCAGCGAUGCAAUGGCCAUCACGUCUCAAUGCUACGAGGCAGCGAUGCGAGCCCUGCAGAGUCACCUGGAGUGCUUUGCGUAUUUUCGCAAUCAAGAGACCCAUAAGCAAACCGAAUAUGUCAACUGGAUUCUCUUGUACCCCUCAUUCACACCAUUUGUCAUUGUCUUCAUCCACGCAAUCACGACGGCGAGCACAUUCGAUCUGGCCUUGUUGCAGGAUACUGUUCAGUCUUUGGAGCUGUUCAAGGGGCUCUCCCGUGGGUCAGCUCGUCUUUACACAAUCUGCGCGGCUUUCUCCAGGACUGCUCAGAUUCUAGUAGACUCAGAAGAAACGCUGGAAGGCCUCACACAGCACCGGGACGGAUCACUUGUCAUGCCGGCUCUGGACAGGAACAUCGCCCUACCCGACGUCGAGUGGCCGGAAAACGUGUUUGACUCGCACAUGAACAGCGCUGACAUUUCCAUGUUCCUCAAUGAUUUCAUCGGGACACAUCGUUCAGUGAUGGAUAUAUUAAACUCUGACUACAUGAAUGAGACUUAA